AGUCCAUGAAAGCAUCAGUUCUUUCCCUCAACAACAUGAACAAGUUCAUCAUUCUUGCUGCUUUGAUCGCUGUGGCUGUGGCCAAACCCCAAGGCUAUGGUGCUGCAGCCGGCCAACAGCAACAGGGUUACGGAGGCCAAGCUGGACAGCAACAACAGCAACAGGGUUAUGGAGCUCAGCCCGGAGCGACUCAACAGCAACAAGGUUAUGGUGCUCAAGUAUCUGCUAGCGCUGGAGCUGGACAGGGUUACGGUGCUCAAAACGUAGCUGCCCAGCAGCAACAAAACUAUGGCUCUCAGGUCUCCGCAGGUGCUGGAGCUGGACAAAACUAUGGAGCUCAGUCAGGUGCUGCACAACAGCAACAGAGUUAUGGUGUUCAAGCAUCUGCUAGCGCCGGAGCUGGACAGGGCUAUGGUGUUCAAAAUGGAGCUGCCCAGCAACAACAAGGCUACAGUGCUCAAGCCGCAGCUGGAGCUGGACAAAGUUACGGUUCACAAAACGGAGGUGCCCAAAAGCAACAGGGUUACGGCGCAUCCAGCACUCAACAGAAGCCAACUAAUACUUACAACAGCAAUGGAAACGGAAACAAACCUUCCGCAUCUGCUUCAUCUUACGCACAGGAGCAACCCCCUAUGCCAUUUGAAUAUGCCUGGACCGUCAAGGAUGAGCCAACCAAGAACGACUACGCUCAUGAAACUAAGAGUGAUGGCAAAGUUGUGACUGGAUCUUACCGCGUUGCCUUGCCCGAUGGCCGCACUCAAAUUGUUUCUUACCGAGCUGACGAGAACGGCUACGUCGCUGAUGUGAAAUACGAAGGUGAGGCUCAAUUCCCCGCACCAUCCAGCGGUAACGGAAACUACGGAUCUGGAAACGGAGGCAGCAAUUAUGGCAGCAACGCGAAUGGCAGUGGAGCUAACAGCUACGGUAGCGGGAAUGCCCAGCCAAACAUUCCCAAACCUAUUGCUUCAUAUUAAACAUUAAAAUGAGCCAUGUAUCAUGAUAACGCUAAUUAUUUUUCUAUCAAUCAUGAUGAUAUUCUAAUAAAGUUUGGAAUUAUAUUACAAAGAAGGAAGCCCUUGCCUUUUAAA